AUGAAAGGUGUGCCUCUGGCAACUAUAGUCCAACAGCAGUUUGGUCGUGGUCGCGAUCGCGGGGGUGGGGGCUCCAAUGGACGACGAGUCCCAGGGCCCCCUGGGAGCUGUUUUGGCUGUGGUCAGACGGGGCAUUUAGUGCGCAAUUGCCCUCGGGGAGCAGAUCCUCCAGGUGUUCUCGAUCGGAAGCCUAGGCAAUAUCCUGACGGGAAACUUGUCGGGGGGCCGACCCCGGGCCCAGAAAACAAUAGGGGUAGCCGCCUCGCCGUCCAAUCCCUUUACCGAGCCACUCCAGGGAGUGCCGGAUUGGACCUCGCCGUCAGUGACCAUGUAGUGCUGUCCCCUGAAAUGGGCCGCCAGUUGUUGCCGACUGGCAUCAAUGGCCCUCUACCCCCUGGCACCUGGGGACUUUUGUUGGGAAGGAGCAGCACCACUUUGAAGGGCUUAACAGUUUUCCCGGGGGUGAUUGACCAGGAUUACACAGGAGAAAUUAAAGUAAUGGCUGCCACCAUGGAGCGGAUUAUUGAUCUCCCUAGGGGUACUCGUGUCGCUCAACUUAUCUUAUUGCCCCUUAUCGCUGAGGGCCGAGUAAAGGAGACCAAAAGGGGAACAGGAGGCUUCGGUUCCUCUGAUGCUUAUUGGGUGACUGCUAUUAAGAAUAAUCGCCCCACUAUGAAUAUAUGGAUUGAGGAAAAACUUUUUUCAGGAAUUUUGGACACUGGGGCAGAUGUCUCAGUAAUAUCCUCCCAGCAUUGGCCGCGUGCCUGGCCGUCUCAGGAGGCCUACACUGCCUUGCAGGGCAUUGGUCAAUCUACUGCACCCAGACAGAGCAGUGCCCUGCUGCGCUGGAGGACUGAUGCUGGGGCAGAGGGAACCAUUCAACCUUACAUAGUUGACAACCUGCCAGUUAACCUUUGGGGACGAGAUUUAAUGCAACAGAUGAGACUGUAUUUAGGUGGUCCCGACCUUGAUUCCUCCUCGACUUUCUGCCUCUGCAUAUUUUCCUCCGGGCCACUGACUUGUCCUGCCCUAUGCGCUGAUCCUAUCGUAUGGAAGAAUAACUCCCCCGUAUGGGUAGAUCAGUGGCCCUUGAACUCUAAGAAACUUGCUGCUGCACGUGAGUUGGUGCAGGAACAACUCACUGCUGGCCAUAUAGAGCCUUCUAACUCUCCUUGGAAUUCACCGAUUUUUGUAAUAAGAAAAAGGUCUGGGAAGUGGCGAUUGUUGCAGGACCUCCGCAAGGUAAAUGACACUAUGUGCUCAAUGGGGGCCUUGCAGCCAGGGCUCCCGAAUCCUGCAGCCAUACCCCGGGACACCUAUAAAAUUGUAAUAGAUUUAAAGGAUUGUUUUUAUACCAUUCCCCUCCAUCCGAGGGACAGGGAACGGUUUGCAUUCAGUGUCCCAGCUAUCAAUUUGCAGAGACCCAUGCAACGGUAUCAGUGGAAAGUGCUUCCCCAGGGGAUGGCUAAUAGUCCUACACUUUGUCAGAAGUUCGUUGACCGGGCUAUUUCCCCAAUUCGGGAGGGAUAUCCAGAUGUAUAUAUCAUUCAUUACAUGGAUGACAUCUUGUUGGCGCAUGCUGACUUCCCCACCCUGCUGCAAGCCUAUGGACAGCUACGGCAGUCCCUGCAGUUGCACGGCCUUCAGAUUGCCUCUGAAAAGGUACAGUCUCAUGCCCCUUACAGUUAUCUUGGCUAUACUCUCCAUCCCGCCCAUUUUCACCCACAAAAAUUGGUUAUUCGUACUGAACAUCUUAAAACACUUAAUGAUUUUCAAAAACUGCUUGGAGAUAUUAAUUGGAUCCGACCCUCCCUUUGUUUAUCCACAGCCCAGUUGCUUCCUUUAUUUAACACCCUUAAAGGGGACGCUGAUCCGACCUCCCCCCGUGAGCUUACCACGGAGGCUCGUCAAAGCCUCCAGAUAGUAGAGCGAGCCCUUGCUGCGGCUCGACUUACUUAUUGUGAUUAUCGACUCCCUUGGGACUUAAUAAUCUUACCAUCUCGUCAUGCCCCCACGGGAGUCCUUUAUCAGGGUGGAGUUCUGACAUGGAUUCAUGGUAAGGCUAGUCCCUCGAAGAACUUAAUGCCUUACUAUGAGUUAGUGGCCCACUGCAUUCGGACGGGUCGGAAGCUGAGCACUCUAUACCUUGGUCAAGAUCCUGCCACUAUUAUUCUCCCUUAUACCGCUGCGGAAGUGGACUGGCUUUUGAACAUGUGCGAUUCCUUCUCCUUGGCACUAGCGUCCUUUACUGGCAACAUACAGCACCAUUUGCCCAAGGACAAAAUAUUACAUUUUCUAGCUACCACCCCUCAUACUAUUAUGCGAUUGACCUCGCAUCGCCCUAUCGCACAGGCCANCCCUAACCGGAUCUCUAAACCUAGCCCUCAACAUAACCCUAAACCUAGGUCCAAUCGGAACCCUAACCGGAACUCUAACCCUAGCCCUCAAUAUAACCCUAACCCUAGGUGCAAUCGAACCCUAACCUGUGGGGUCCUGGGCCCCCGGGCAUUGGACUGCGGCGUACUGGUGUUCUUGAAAGAGAUCAGCCAGGCGCGUCAGUGCUGA